AUGUUCCGGCGGGCCCGUCUCACCGUGCGACCCAAUGUGCGGCCCCCGGGCAGGGCCGCCGCCACCGGCGCUGGCGGCGUGGACCCGGACCCUCCGGAACCCCCAGGUUCGGACACCCCGGCGGCGGACGGAGCAGGGACCGCGGCGGGAUCGGCGGACGCGCGGCGGGCAGAGAGUGAUGACAAGGUGGACAAUACAAGUGGCACUGGGAAAGCUAGUAAACCUUCAGAGAUGCUUACACAGAGAAGAAAACGUAUCUCCACCAUGCCAAAUCUUGUCAAACCCAGAGCUGGACCAUCAUCUGCUCAGUGUUCUGCACCAAAACCGCAGAGGCGAACAUCACAGACUUCUGAUGGCAGUGCUUCACUUCAGAAGGAUUCCUCCCCAUCAGAAAAGAGUAAUGUUGAAAGCUCUGUAAAGUCUCCUAUGCUUCCUGAGAAGAGAACACCUGUGCCACAAGUGCCACAGUUUUCACCACUAAAAAAGUCUGUGAACAAAGAGCAAACUGUUGGUGUAACUACUCAGAAAAAUGAUGAUAGCUUGCAGAAGAAUGUACCCGCUCCUCUCAAGGAGAGGCCAACACAGGAGGAAAAGCUACCUGUGAAACCUUCUCAUGAGAAAGUCAAACGAGCAUGUUCUGACCGUGAAAGGAUCCUCAAAGCUCGUAAAUUAAGAGAAAUGCUUAAAGAAGAGCUGAAGAAAGAGCGGAUGAAGUUGAAACACAGGCCUCCAGUAAUCGAAGGACGUUCUCCACCAGAUCGUUCUAAAAUGACCAUGAGAGACUUAAUAUACUAUCUGCCAGAAAACAAUCCUAUGAAGUCUUCAUUGGUAGAAGAAAGGAGAACAGAAAGAAGUUCUGCACUGAGUCAAAUGAAAGAACAGGAAGAGAAAAGUACUCCUGAUCAUGAAGAAGAGGAGGAGGAGGAGGAAGAAGAAGAAGAGAAUGGGGAAGAGAGUCAGGAUGGCCCACUUCUCGUUCCUCGUGUGAAAGUAGCAGAAGAUGGUUCAAUCAUUCUGGAUGAAGAGAGCUUAACUGUAGAAGUUCUAAGGACAAAAGGUCCAUGUAUUGUUGAAGAAAAUGAUCCCAUCUUUGAGCGUGGCUCUACAACUACAUAUUCUAGCUUCAGGAAAAGUUUUUACACAAAACCAUGGUCAAAUAAAGAAACAGACAUGUUCUUUUUAGCUAUCAGUAUGGUAGGAACAGACUUCUCCUUGAUUGGGCGGCUGUUUCCUCACAGAGCCAGAGCAGAAAUUAAGAACAAGUUCAAACGUGAGGAAAAAGCUAAUGGAUGGAGAAUAGACAAAGCUUUCAAAGAAAAACGACCCUUUGAUUUUGAAUUCUUUGCCCAGCUUCUUGAGAAGGUCUUAGCUGAUGAGGGAAAGAGGAAGCAAAAGACUGUUAAAAGCCAGAAGCCAAAAGAAAAAAAGUCUCCAAGGCCACAGAAGAAGUCAAAAGCAAAAGCUGCCAGCACAGAAGCUGCUAAUAAUCAAGAUGAACUUCAGGAAGCUGGAAUUUCUGAUGCAGAAACAGAAGCAGAUGGUGUGACAGCUGAGAAAGAAAAUGAGGAAUCUUUGGGCAUUUCUGAACAGGCAGAAGAAGAGGUUGCAUUAGAGCCAGCAUUAGCAAAAAAGAAGAGAAAGAGGAAGAGAAAAGGUGAUCUUGAAGAGGAAGUGGAGAAUAUUCCUAAAGAAGUGCCUGUUCCUUCAAAAACUGCUGAAGAAGGGAAGUCCUCUAAUAAAAGGAAAAAAGUGAUACAUGAUGCAAGCAGUGAUGGUGAUAUCACCUGUGGAGAAGAAGUGGAUUGUGCUAUUGAAGGAAAGCAAAGUGAGACUGCUGUUACAGAGGAAGAGAGAUCAGAAUCCUGUUCACCAGUGAAUAACCAAAUGGAGAGAGAAGGUGGUGUCAAUUUAUGCAGCCUUGAAGAUAGCAAUGAUGUUAUACUAGAAGCAGAACCUGCUAAAUUGAGAACCAGAGAUGCUAGAGAUAAUGCAUCACAGGAAAGCCAGAUUCCAGAGUUACCAGUUUCAAAUAUUAGAAGCAAGGAAUCAGGAUGUGUAGAAACUACAGAAUCAAAGAGUGAAGAUACCCAUCACUCACAAGAACCAGAUGGAAAGCAGAGUGCAUCAGAAUGUGGUUCACAGUCUGAAAUCAUGAAAAGUGAAAAGUCAUCAGACAGAAGGCGCUUGCAAAGACCUAAACCCAAUUUAGUGAGGUCAUCUGGAAGGAGGGAGACAGCAACACAAGACAAAAUGGAAGCCAAAACUUGUUCUCCAGCCCUUGCAAAUGCAGGUGAAAAGUGCUCUGAAGAGGAGAGUAGAAGAAACAAAAAUGAAGCCACAGAAGUAGAGAACAGCAAUUUGGAUACUGCAUCUCAAGAAUCUGAAAAAACUGCAAUUGUAAAGACAAUAGGUAGAGGAUUUCGACAGAGAUUUAAACCUAAUGUUACAAGAGCAUCUGGAAGGAAAGAAGAGCCUGAAAAAGAUAAAGGAAAUGAUAAAAUAUCCCAUCUACAGUCUAAGGGGGAAACUGAGAAGAAUAAUGACCAAGGUAAUAGAUCUGAUGGUACCAGUGAAGAUACUGCAGAAAAAGAUGACAAAGUCCUGGAGACAAUGUCUCAGUCUAAUGAAACAGCUGGUUUAAAAGAAGAUACCAAACGGAUUGUGUUGAAUCAAACAGCUCUAAAAAGAGGUAGAAUACAGAGACCAAAACCAAAUCUAGGAAGAACUGUUGCAAGGCGAAAAGAACUGAUAGAUGAAAAAGAUCCUGAAGAGGAGACAACUGAAGGUGAAGAAGCAGUAAAAGGUGUCACACGCCAUCAAGAUGAAAACAAUGAUCCCUGCCUUAGAAGUGAUUUAACAGUUCUUGAAGCCACACAGCCACCCAGUGUGACAUUAGAAGAUGUUUCUGCAGAUUCUGAGAUGAACUCAAAUACAAGACAGUGUUUCCAAGAAAAGUCCUCAGAAGCAGAAAGCAAUGAAAGUGAAAAGGGAUUGUCAGAUGUCUCCAAACAGGUUUCAGAUUCUAGUACAGGGGAAUCUCGUCCUCAGAAGGAAGAGGAGAAAACUGUCGUAUCAUCAGCUUGGCUACUGAGGACGCGAUUCCAGAGACCAAAGCCAAAUUUAAGAGCAGCUAGUAGAAAGGAAGUUCUGGAUGUAAAUAAUAAAGGUGCAUCACAGAAAGAUAGCAACAAGGAAGAAAGUUUGACACAGUGUGGUAGUCAAUGUAGCAUCCCUCCUGACACAGAUAAAGCAGGAAAAUGUGAAGUCUUAAAUGCACUAGAAUCCUUGGGAAAGGAGAAGUCACUUAGCUCUCAGGAAGUUUCUGAGAGGCCAAGUUGUAAGUCACCAAAAACAUUUCCAAGAUCAGAGGAUGGUGAACUGGAGUUCUGCCUAUUUGAAAUUAGCCAAGAUGACAUUUCUACUACUAUUGCUGGCACUCAAGAAGAAUGUCAAUAUGCACCUCUUCCACCUGUUCAGCUGGCAUGGAACAAGAGAUACAAGCCAAACUUGGUAACAACUGUUGGAAAGGAGUUACAAAUAUCAGAAAAUGAGAGCAAGAAAAUGCCUGAAGCAGAGCAAAAAGAUGAGUUUGACAAUACUGUCAUGUUAAAGGGUGAAAAUGAAGUUGUAUUGUGUCAAGCAGAUGUAUUGAGCAAAGAGGAACAGGAACAGCAAGAGGUGCCUCAGGUCCUCUCUAUUUCUGAAACCUUAUUGUCUGAACAAAGCAGUACUGAAAAACUUACCUCCCAAGAAGGCAAGCUGAGUGCUCUGAAACCAGGACAACUCGUAAGGAUUGAGUCUCCAAGAGCUAGACCAAACCUAGAAAGAACAUACAGCAAAAAAGGAUCUCCAGUAGUACAAAAACUUGAUGCCCCAGAUGAAGAAGAAAUGAAUCAUGGAGAGAAUCUGCCUGUGGUAGAAGAAUCUGAAAACCUUUUCUCCUCAAAAGAUGACAUGAGGGAAUUGUUGCUUGUGGGAAAUUUGGCCGAUAAUGACAGUCUAGACAUAAAUUCAAGAAGCAUGACAUCAGGAACACUUUGUUCUUCUAAAAAAUCACCAAAUUACAACAGCAAAAGAGAGCAAGAAGAAUGUCUAUCUGCAGAUGCUAUAGGAGGCAUUCAGGAUACCACAGAAAGGUCCAAUGAUAAAUUAAGUUCUGGAGAAGAAAGUGAACAGAGAGGAGGGGAACCCCAUUGGAACCUGAGGCCAGACCUAAUGAGACUUACUGGGAAAACAGAUUAUCCUGAAGAGUGUGGAAACAGGGAAGAGGACAAUACUGAGAGAAAUGAAGAAGAGUUUUUGGUGUUGUUAAAAACAGGUGUAUCAGGGGAAAACUUCAGUAAUACAGUGGAAGCUGGAUCCUUCUCAGAAGCUACAAGGAAACACAGUUUUGCGGAGAAUGUUGAAGAAACAUGUUGCAAGAGAAUUAGGCAGGACACCACACUCCAGUCUCCAGAGAUAUUGUCAGAGAGUGAGAGACACGUAGAACAAGAUAAAGAUUCUCAGCUUUCUACCUCACAGGAAAAGCAUUCAGGAAAUCUCACGAGAAGGCAGUUCAGGAGAUCAUCAAAACAGACAGCGCUGCCACAACAUGUGUUGGAGCCAAAAACUGCUACUUCUGCCUCUGAAUGUGAGGCUGAUUGCAGUGAGAAGGGGAGUCAAAGGCAAGAAGCUAAACUGAGUGUUACCAGAGACAAAAGUUUGAAGACUACACAGAGAAGAAAAUCUGGGAAGGAACCCAGAAGUUCGAAGAUAACCUUUGUCACUCUCCGGGCUUCUCAAGAGGAGGAGGAGGAUGAGGAGGCAGAUGACUUUGAGCUUGAUGAUGAAGAUGAAUGCUUUGCAUCAGAGGAAGUAAACAAGGCUCCAGUGUUUGUUCCUAUAGGUCUUCGAUCUCCAAAACCAAUUCCUAUGCAGAUACAGGAAACCGUGGAGGAGCUGGAAAUAUCUGUGAAUAUACCAGAUGUGCAGGUGGCUACUGAUGCUGAAAGUCUUACUUGUGCUUCUAUCCAACCAGUAGUACAGAGGGAAGGAGAAAGCACCUCAACAGCUGAAACAAUCAUACAUGAAAAUCCAGAUGUGGACAAAGGAAUUAAUGAUGGAAGCACUGAAGCUGCUAUGACUUUACUUGCAAUGGGUGAUCCAAAUUUCCAGUUAAAAACAAGCACUGAAGAACAGACACAUAUGUUACCUGCUCAAGAUGACUUGGACAUGGCUCAUAGCCUGGUAAUUCACGCCUACUCCAAAGAAAAUAGAACUUCUAGUCAGUAUUCACUUGCUUCAGAUACUUCUGUCAAGGAAUUGCUGCCUUCUGAGGAUGGAAACAACAUCAAUGUAGAGCAUCAAAUCACUGGCACAAGAAGAGGUGUAGAGAUGGAUGCUACUGAUACCAGUGGCAGCUCUUUGCCUACGGUGAAUAGUAUGAGACUGACAGGAGGCAGACACCUGGAGCCUGAGCCAACCUCUCCAAUACUGAGGUCCAAUGAAAACAUAAUGCAGGAGAUACUUAAUGCAAAUGUACUUGUAGAAAAACUAGAGCAAAUUCAAACUGAUCCUACAACCUUGAGGGAUAAUGCAGAAAUGAAGAAGGUGGAACCAGAACCAGUCAGACCAGCUGCACGUGACUCUUCAGACCUUCAUGACUUUGCAUCUGGAAGUACAGAACUUACCAAGCAAGUAGAGAAAACUGAGAGAACAGAAAAGCAGAUAAGAGAUGCUUGUGGAAAUUCAGGAGAUUUAAGACAUCUAACUGCAUCACCAAAACCUGAAAAAUCACACCUUGGACUAGAAGAUUGUCCAAAUCCAAGUUCUGUGGAUGAACUUUCUGAGCAGAGUCCUUGUCCUCUUGAACACCAUAUAUGUAGAGUCAACUUUACUCAGAAUGAAGCUUGUACUCAGGAUGCUCAACGACAUUGCAUAAGCAGCACAGAAGAAACAUCAGCAGUGAAUGAUGAUCAUAGAUGUCCAGAGGAAGAGCAGACAUUCAUUUUAACAUUGGUGGAAAUCCCAGCUGGCUCAAAAGAGUUUGAUGCAUCUGCUGUGGUGGAACAAACUUCAGAACCAGUACUACCAGCCCCAAUACUUAUCAGCCCAAUAAAUGCGAGUCAAACAACUGUGACUGAAGUGGAGAGAAACUUUAUACAAGUUGGCUUCUUGUACUGUCACAAUAAUGACUUUAUAUAUAUAAACAGUAUUGGAUCCUUGACAACUGCAGCUGGUAAGGUUGCUGGACCUUUAAACAGCAGUAUGGAAACCAAACAACUAGAGAGUGCAGUAGACCCUGUUCCAAAGCUGCAGACAGCUCAGAAACGGUUGGCUGCGGAACUUGAAGAGCAUGAUUUUCCUCCUUCCAAGAAAAUUCCAUCUACUGUUGCAGUGGAAAAUAAUCUGGAAACUACUUACAAGGAUUAUUCAAUUAAAUCCACAGAGGUGCCAGAGGUAACUUCUGGGAAUCCUUUUCAAAAAAUAGAGUCUUCAGCAAAGGGAAAAGUACUUACUUCUGUAUUGGUGUCUGAGUCUAUCUCACAACUGGCUGACAGAAGCCAGCUUGAGACUUUGGAGAGCUUAGGGAAAGCACCACUUGAGAAUGCAGCAUCUGAAAAGGAAGAGGAGGUUAUGUCUAGGUUAACCUCUAACAGAAGAGCAGAAGUAAGUGGACAAGGAAAGCAGGAGAAUGUGCAUGAUUCUGCACAGUUGGAACAUACUAGAAGCCCAGCAUCAUCUUCAAAAACUCCAUUAUUCAGGGGUGGACGAAAACCGUUGGGAUUUUUAUCUUUAAUUUGCAAAAAAAGUAAUUCUGACUCUGCAGAAGACACCAAAGAGAAUAGAGGGAAGAUCCAGAAGCCACGAAUUGUGACUCCAAAACGAAGUCUAAAGAAACCCACUCCCUCCACUGAGGAUGAGAGGGAAUCUUGUUCCUUUCCCUCUACUUCUUCAUCUGUGGAACAUGAGCAUGUAGCUGCUGAUGCUGCAGUUACGGUUCCAAGUAACAACUCAUCUGAGAAGCCACCUCUCUGUACUAAAGAUCAAGAGAAGGAAGGAGAGCCAACCAAAAUCUCUGAGUACUUUUUCAGUGACAUCUUUAUGGAAGUGGAUGAUUCAGAAUAGCAAAUGGGUUUUAUAAAAACUAGGAUCACAGAAUAUACUGCAACAAGAAAAGAGUAUUUUAAAAGUUGCAAUUUGUUCUGAUAUUCGUUAUGCCACACUUUAUGUCAACCAGUAAUAACAGUACAGAUAAAAUACCAGGAAAGUGAUCUCUUUAACAUUCAGGGGAAACUGAACGUUCUCCAAAAGUGAUGUAACAGAUUCAAAGGAGAAGAUGGAAAGGAAAAGCUGAAAAGCCUCAUCUCCUGCUCCUCCUUUAACAAACUGGGUGCAAUUACUAAAGCCCUGAAACAUGCUAUUGGAACUGGGACGCAGGGUUGGACAAAGAAACCAUGAACCAAACAUACCUUUAACAAGCUCCAGUACCUAUGUAAACUCCCUAUAAACCAUUGUCACCGAGCCCAGCACAAGAACAACCCAAAUCUGUGCCCCUCUACUGUAAAAGCUACAUGUUAGGGACAAUACUGGAUCUGUCUCCAGAUAAGAAAAUAAGCCUAGGGACCAGAAGGGUAUUAAAACCUCAAAACAACCUAGGGACCAGAGACAGGUAAAGGCCUCCACCCAGAGAGACAUUGUGAAUUCAAGCAACAUGGCUACUGGCUGUUUUAUCUCAAUACAGAGUAAGUAAAACCAAAAUGCAAUCAGUACAGGCUUUUUUCACUUUUUUGAGCCACAUGUUGGGCACAAAAAACAAAAGUAUUUGUCCUGGUUUAGGGCACAUUUGGAAGGAAGCUUUCAAAGGGGUCCCUCUAGAAAGCAAAUUCAAGUGGGCCUCCCCUAACUGGUUUGUAAAGAUUUCCUUGGAGAAAAGUGGAAAAAAAUGUUUAUUUAACGAAGUAUUCACAAGCAUAAAAAGUGAACAAUACUAAACAAUAAAACCUCUUGUUGUUCUGAAGAGAUGGCACAUUCAGAAAGUCCUUUUCUUGGGGUGUAGCUCAGCUCACUUGGUCUGUUACCAGUUCCUCCUGUGCUGGAAAAUGCUGCGUCCUGGGCUCCAGUGGGUCACAAGUGUGAGGUGCUUGUGUUUUUCUGGGUUUGCAGUCCAAAGCAAGGCUGAUCAGUUCCCGAAGAAAGAAAGGCCAGUCCAGGGAACUUCUCUGCUUCAGCUGGCUAAAAACUAAAAGCAAAGGAGAGCUCUCUCCUGCCCUCUGUCUGUUCUUCAGAGAACACAGUCUGUGAGAGAGAAUGCAAAGGAGCAAGUGCAGCUUCUGAUCACAAACUCUGCGCUUCUUCUCUCCCUCUGGUGCAGAACUUAAUGUCCAGCAUAAACAGAGCAGACAACUGGGGAUACGAGCAUCAUGUUGUUAAUUAAUGCUGUGAAGAUGAAAUGUAUUCUUUCUGAAGCCACCCAGGAACUUUCAAAAUGCUGGCAUAGUCUAAACCACUGCAAUGAUGUCAUAGGACCAGACUAUUUGCUGACUGCCAGCUUAUGGUUUCCCUUGUUUAGACACUGAUAGUGAGUGCAUGACUAUCCUACAGAAAAGUGCAAUGAAAUAAUGUUUAAUCUUGGAAAAAGUAUCCUUUUCCAUUUUAAUGCUAAAGCUUCUUGGUACUGACUAUUCAAGUUCUUUACUUCUUUUUGUGAAGUAUGUUACGUUAGAAGGAGGAAUUAACUUUUUGGGUAUAAUGUAAUAUCUGAAGAUCAGAAUACAAAUAUUGGAAGUGGUGUAGUGAAUACAUACCUAUAUACAUCAAGCACUGCAGGUGUUUUUAUUUAAAUUUCCAAAUUACAUAUUUUUGUAAGAGUUUUUUAACCACAUAAUUUAAAAGAUCGUAACCUGAAAAGCCCAUAGGAUUGGUUCCUUAAAAAUUUGUUGAAAAUUUAAAAACACAGUUUACUAGAAGAUGAUAGAUAACACAAGGUUAAUGUUUGCAACUUUUUUUAUCACUUGGAGGAGGAGAUUGCUGUUUCCUAGUAUAAAUGCUAAUUUUCUUCUAAAUUGGAAAACAAAGCUAGAGAUACAAUUUAUUUUCCUUAUUUUCACGUGUCGUUGUUUGUAUAUUUACUGACUUCCUCAUUUUCCCUUGUGCACAGUAGCACAAAGAGAUUGGAUUUAAACCAUGAUUAUAAAAUGUCACUUUUGAGGAUUUGCUGCUUUGAAGCACUUGAAUUAAAAGGGUUUUCUUAUGUGCAUGUCUGCUUGUACUGUAACUUGCCAUAAAAUUCUGGUUUAGCUUUAGAUUUUAGUUUUAAGUUUUUAUUUACCUCAUCAAGAAAUAUAUCUGGGUGAGGUAAUUAGGUUUAUGCACUCUCAAAGUUAGGUGGUUGCUGAAAGAGUCAAUAUUUAGUCUGAAACUCCUGCUUGCAGGAGCUUGAGUAGUCUUAAAAUUUUUCCCAUUACUUAAUACUUGCAGGUACUUUCGUAAAGCAGUUUAUUAUGAAGCUGAAACUGAUGUUUAAAUAGUAUUGUUAAUGCUCUCAAGAGACCUAUCAUCAGGUUUGGACUGGGUAAUCCUUUACUGGCAGGAAAAUUAUAUAAAUAUGUAGUUAAUUUUGAAAUAGUUGAUGAAGUUUGACAAACAUUUUGAUGGCAGGUAAAGAAUAUAAAUAUGUAGUUAAUUUUGAAAUAGUUGAUGAAGUUUGACAAAACAUUUGAGAAUGUUUUUAUUUUCAGAAGUUAUUGGCAAGGCUUCUGAAGGAACCUUUAAACUUUUGUCAGAGAAGAGACAUACAGAAAAAAAGCUACUGUUACUGCAGAUUGGUAUAUUAGCUCUGCCAGUGAAAUGUCACUAGCAGCAGUAUUCCUUGAGGCGAUGGAAAAGGGACUAGUGGUCCCAGUGUAGAGUAACUUACUUGAAAGCAUCUGAUCAACCCACCUCACUCCCCCAAAAAAACCGUCAAAAAUACCAACAACAGUUUCUGUUCAAAUGGUAUCUUGUGCUUUGCCUAAUCCGUUUAACUUGAAAUGUUUAUCUAAAUAUUGUUUUACUGUAAACAUUAUGAAAGAGAUUAAUGUAUACAUGUAACUCUAUGUAUUGUAUGUCUUGUAGAUAUUAAGCAUGCAAGUGUUUACUUCCUGAUAUGUCUGGCAUGUUUAUAUCAAUUGCACUCAUAGAGCCUAAAAAUAGAUUCUUGGGGAGUGGCUAUGAAAUAAUUGCUGUGAGUACCUUCUGAGUGGGUUCUGAGGGGAUAAUCAUUCUACAUUUAGUUGCAUACAUUUUAGCUUGCAUUCAUGUUACAAAGGGGAAAAAAAAUCAACUAUUUCAUUACUAAUAUUUAUGGUGCCUUAUCUGCAUUGUUAAUUGGGGCUAUGCUUUGUAUUUCCUUGCAGCAAAUACCAUGCACUUUGUUAGAGGAAUUUUUUUAAGAACAAAUUUAAUUUGAAUAGAAAUAAGAGAAUUUUGUGUUUUGUUUUGUGUGUGGAAGUUUUAUAAUGAUGAAGGAUGUAAGAAAAUAUCGUUGAAAUCUCAAUACGUAUGAGUAGCAUUUUACAAAGAAGUGGCAUAAAACUGCUUUGCUUAGAGUUGUCUGAUGCCCUGUAUGAUCACAUAUAAGAUUUCUGUGUCAAAGGAAGUAGUCCUAUUCUGUAUGUAAAUUAUGUGAAUAAAUUAUU